GAAAGUUGACAGUUCUCAUUUGUUGUCAACACGUGCGACUUGCAUUUAUUUUUGUUUUGUUCUUUUUUCCAGUAUUCAAAAGAGUUUUUCUUGGUUUUUAAGAAUAAAACAAUAAAUAUUAUUAAUGGCAGAACAAUACAAACUCAUUCAUCCGGUGAAAUUUUACCGCGACUAUUUAAACAAAGAUAUUCGUCCCGAUGGACGAGAGUUCGAUAAACUUCGUCCGAUUGCCAUUAACGUAGGCUCCAUCAUCACAGCCGAUGGCUCGGCGGUUGUCAAAGUCGGCAACACUAGUGUGGUUUGCGGAAUUCGAGCCGAGCUAGCUAAACCUCGAUCUUCUACCCCGGAAAACGGUUUUCUCAUACCAAAUGUCGAACUACCACAAAUGUGCUCACCCAAAUAUCGCAGUGGAGCUGGGUCGAAUGAUGAUUCGGAUGUUUUUAGCAGUGCCAUCAAUGAUAUUCUCAUAAAUUCCAAUUGUUUGAAUUUGAAGGAACUGUGUUUGCACAAAGAGAAACUAGUUUGGGCAUUGCACUGUGAUAUAAUUUGCCUGGACAAUGAUGGAUGUGUUGUCGAUACAGCUCUUAUAGCUUGUGUGGCAGCUUUGAGGAAUUUAAAAUUGCCCGCCAUUGAAUAUGAUCAUAAAAUCAAUAAAGUCCACGUAGAUACGAGUGAGAAGAAGAAAUUGAAUAUCGGGCCAUUGCCGGUGUCGACUACGUUCAUGGUCUUUGAUGACAACGUAAUAAUCACAGAUCCAACUGCCGAAGAAGAAUCCCUCUCAACGUCAGUGGUAAAUAUCGCAAUUUGCAAAGGAGAUGUAUGUUUCAUCCUAAAGCCAGGCGGGACCCCGUUCGGCAAGGACCAAAUGGACACCUGCAUUAAACAAGCCCUGAGGCGGGAAAAAGACGUCCUAAAAUUACUAAAUGAAGUGUGUAAAGAUACAAAUGGCACAAAAUAAAAAAACAACCCAAAUAAUUUU